AGGAAACCUGUGUGGGGAUCAACAACCAGAGCUACAUAUGUGACACAGGACACUGCUGUGGACAGUCUCAGUGCUGCAACUACUACUAUGAACUCUGGUAUGAAAUUGAGAUUUAGAGAUGUGCUGGGGAUCAUCUAGGUCUUGUUCAUCUCCUUAUGAUGGGUCUCUCAACCUGGAGUAUCUUCACUGCCUUCCCACAGAGAAGCCUUCCUUGAACCUACAAUGUAAAGCGCCUUGCCGUUGCCGCAACGAAGCCAUCGACGGUCCGCUGCAAUGGCGGCGGGGGUGCCCGAUCCCCAGUCGCGAUUCGGCCACUCGGUAAAGGGGCUGCUCACCGAGAAGGUGAAUGCCUGCGGUACCGACGUGAUCGCCCUCACCAAGCAGGUGUUGAAAGGUUCACGGAGCUCCGAGCUGCUGGGUCAGGCAGCUCGAAACAUGGUAUUGCAGGAAGAUGCCAUCUUGCACUCAGAAGAUAGUUUAAGGAAAAUGGCAAUUAUAACAACUCAUCUUCAGUAUCAGCAAGAAGCUAUUCAGAAGAAUGUUGAGCUGUCUUCAAAUCUCCAGGACCAGCUGAAGCAUUUGCUGAAAUGAAAUGACAUCUUAAAGGCUCCUAAACACAUUUCUCAAAGCUGUGGGGGAAUAGAGCUCACGACCCCAUCUUCUAUUCUAGCAGUUCAAUUAAAAGAGAAUUGUGAUGGUCUGAAGCUUCUCCCAGAAUACAGGAUUUUCUCUCCCUAUGUAAAGAUAUAAUUGAAGGCAAGACACAAACUAGAUGGCUCAACUCAGAAGUACCAUUUGGUUCUAUGCAGACAAACCUACUCCUUUCAUCGAAUUCUUUACUUCCUCUGUUUUAAUUUUAAUUAAAGCAGAAUCAAGAAAAAUCUGUUAUUUAUUUAGUACUUUUUUGAGCAUUGAAAUCAUUUGUAAUAUGUAGAAAGUCAUAAAGCAUAAGUGUCAUAAUUUAGCCUAUACUGUGUCAUACUGGUUUAAUUCAGAAACACCAGCUGGCGAGGUAGAGAAAGAAUGAUGAUGAAUAAUCUAUAUGUGGGUUUUCCUAUUCAGUAAGAUCAGAACUCUUGACCUUGAUUCUUUUAUUAUUUAUUCAUCAAAUGCCUUCUUAUAGAUCCACUCUGUUUGAUAUUGUGGCUCCUACUUUUGACAUAAUAUCUGUUGUUUUCUCAGCUCAUUCAGAAAUGCUAUUUACAAUUUUAUAUAUUCUAGUUGAUUUUUAUAUGUAUAAAAACAAAGAGUUGUUGACCAGCUGUGGCUUUCUCCCUUGACCUGGAUUCUUAGCAUUUCUUUUUUUGUCUUCAUGAUCCAAGAUUAAGUGGCCUUGAAUUCAUUUUGUAAUUCUGAAAGCUGUUAGCAAACCAGUUAUUUGUGAUGUGUUGUUCUUGCCAAAUGCAAAGGAAUUUGAAUGAUUAUUUUUUAAA